CCAGCCUCAUCUCUCUUCUCUCUCGACACUCCACCGCCUCACCUCACCGCGUCACUCUCUCAUCUCUCCCCUCACCUCGUCAGUUGUCACUCUCAGUCUCUCACAGCCUCACCUCAUCACUCUCUCGCUCUCAGUCUUGCACUCAUCACUCCCUCGCUCUCGGUCUCGCACUCAUAAGCUCGUGGUCGCAGUCUCGUACCCCUGCUUCGCUUCAUCGGCGGCAGAAGCAGACGGAACCAGUCAAGCAGCAUCUACUCCGUCGGGUGGUGGUGGUGGUCAUUGUCUUCUUGUUUGGUCGCGUCUCGAAACCAGUCAACCAGUUCUCCUUCAUCAAGUUUAAAAGUUCUCUAAACUUCCAUUGCCCACAAAUGGAGAAUGGUAUCAUGCACGAGCCUUCUCCUUCCAUACUCGUCAGCCGGUUUAACGCCUUACUUCCACGACGCCAAGCCUACCUCAAGGCUUUCUCUACCAAAAAAAUUGUUCAGACACAUGGGCUCUUGUCAGAACUCACCUCCAAUGUGAACCCCAUCAUUACCGAUCUCAAUAUCAUUGUCAGCCAGCAGAGUAAACACUCUAGUUCAAUUAUGGAUAAUGUUGGUGGUGAUAAGUUGGAUUCAACGGAAACUGUAGGUAAUACAAGAGAAGGAGGGUUGAAUGAAUGGCAGCAAAAGAGAUUUUCUAGUGAUGGUUGGAACAUAUUUCAAACUUCCAAGACUUAUAAUCUCAAUGAUGAACAACAACGUCAAAGUCCAAGAGCUCUUAUUGAGGCAUAUGGUUGUGACAAAGGCCGUGAAAUUCUUAGUACUAAGCUUUUGUUGGUGGAGCAGCCUGGCAGAAAUGGUUUAGGGAGCAAGUUUCCAUUGGCAUCAUGGCAGGACACUGAAGAAGAGGAGUUUGAUUGGAAAGAUAUGAAUCCAGGAUUAGUAGACUGUAAUACAAACAGUAGUUCUAUGCAAUCAAGUGUUAGAUUCUCCAGGAAAAGGAAGUUAUCUAAUGAUCUAUCUAAUUCUUCACAGUACCCCUUUAAUAUGGGGGCUGCUCUCUUUGCUGUCAAUGCUCAUGCUACUUGCCCUUCCGACUUGAAUCCAGCAUUUUCAUUGCAAAAACGUCCUAGGAGUCUGUUUGAACCAAUAAACGUUAAUAAUAACACCAAUGUGGGUCAUGGUCCAAAUAGAACUCUGUUUAUACAUGACCAGUUGCCUAAUCAACCUGGACCAAUUUCCUCUAACCUGCAAAAUCAUGGACAAGCACCUCAACUACAGUUUCUUCCACCUCAAGUUCCAUCUUCAACACAAAUUAGUCAUGGUGCCUUAAUAAGUACGCCCAUCUCAAAUCCAUUACCUGAUAUGCAGGGCCAAAGUUUACAUUUACAUGGGGGAACCUUGCCACUUUUACAUCCAAGCCUCCCAACUGCUCCAUCACAAAUGAUGUCUCAUCCCCAUGCCGAUGCUUCGGUGACAAGUCAACCACCACCUGCAUAUCUUAAUUUGAUUAGUUCACUAGUGAACCAUGGUGUGAUCUCGGUAAUUAAUCCCCCCACCAAUCCACCCACCGGACUGGUAACUAUACUUUCAUUAGUUUCCCUCCCUUUUUAGUUUGUUAAUUUGAGAUAGUAAUUUAAA